AUGAACAAUAUCAACGUGAAGAAGUUAAAGGUAAACGAGUUGAAGGACGAGUUGAAGAAGAGGCUGCUGUCGGACAAGGGGCUGAAGGCGGAUCUUAUGGACCGGCUGCAGGCCGCGCUGAAUGAAGAGGCUCUAGCCAGAGGAGCUGAGGCCGGGGAGAACGGCGGCCAAGGCGAAGGGGCUGUCGGCCUGAAUGACAUGGGCGAGGAGGACUUGGAUGAAGACCUGGUUGAGGAGAGGAUGGAGGCGGGCGGAGUAGAGGAUGAAGAUAGGUGCGAAGGGAAAGCAGAGAAAGAAUGCGCCAAUAUCGACGAUAAUAUGGGGGAAGAGGAGGAUGCGGGAGUAGAUAUGGAUAAAUCGGACGAGGAUGAAGAUGCUCUACUGAAAGAAGAAGAUGAUGAUGAUGAUGAUGAUGAUGAGGAGAUGGAUAAAUUCGAUGAUGAUGAUGCUGUACUAGGGACUCUCCCUCGAGAGGGGGAUGCGGACAAAGACACGAGCGCUGAGCAGAAGAAUAAGAAGGGUGUUAAGAGACGCCGGGAGGAACAUGGAAGGGGCUACUUUGAGUUUAUUGAAGAAAGCAAGUACAGCCGGGCCAAGUCCCCCCAGCCCCCCCUGGAGGAAGAGGACGAGGAGUUUGACGACAGCACUGUCUGCCUGGAUACCUAUAACAGUGACCUGCACUUCAAGGUGUCCCGGGACCGUUACAGCGCGUCAUCACUCACCAUGGAGAGCUUUGCCUACCUGUGGGCUGGAGGCAGGGCUUCCUACGGAGUAGCUCAGGGCAAGGCCUGCUUUGAGAUGAAGAUCAUUGAGAAGAUCCCAGUGAAACAUAUCUCCAGUAAAGGCAUGGACAUCCAUGAGGUUCUGGUGGGCUGGUCACUAGCCAAUGGAACACUGUUACUGGGAGAAGAGGAACACUCGUAUGCCUUCUCUGCCAAAGGGAAGAAAACCACCAACUGUGUCACAGAAGACUUCGGAGAGUGCUUCGACGAAAACGAUGUCGUCGGAUGCCUAAUCAACUUUGAAGGCUCGGAGGUGGAGCUGUCGUUCAGUAAGAACGGUAAGGACCUAGGCGUGGCCUUCAAGGUGGACAAGGCAUCUCUGGACGGACGGCCACUCUUCCCUCACGUCCUCUGUCACAACUGUGCUGUAGACUUCAACUUCGGCCAGAGGGAGGCGCCACUGUUCGUCCCACCGGCCGGCUACAGCUUCCUACAGCAGGUCCCUGUGAGCAAGAGGGUCCGAGGCCCCAAGGGGCCCGACACCAAGGAUGACUGUGAGGUGAUCGUGAUGGUAGGCCUGCCUGGCGCUGGGAAGACGGCGUGGGUAACCAAGCACACUCAGGAGCACCCUGGGAAAUACAACAUCCUGGGAACCAACACCAUCCUGGAGAAGAUGAUGAUCGCCAGUCUGAAACGCCAAAUGAAGGACGUCACCAAACUCACCGCCAUCUCCCAGCGUGCACCUCUUUUCCUGGGAAAAUUCAUUGAGAUCGCUGCACGCAAAAAACGCAACUACAUCCUUGACCAGACCAAUGUGUCGGCCCCGGCCCAGAGGAGGAAGAUGUGUCUGUUUGCAGGCUUCCAGAGGAAGGCCGUGGUGGUGUGUCCUACUGACGACGACUACAAGCAGAGGACACAGAAGAAAGCCGAGACGGACGGUAAAGACGUCCCCGAGCACGCCGUACUCAAGAUGAAAGGUAUCUACACCCUGCCGGAGCCAGGGGAUUGCUUCAGUGAGGUGGGCUUCGUGGAGCUGCAGAAGGAUGAGGCCUCCAAGCUGCUGGACUUGUACAAGGAGGAGAGUCGCUCCGCACUGCCCCCAGAGAAGAAGGCCAACCAGGGGGGCACGCCGCCCAAGAGAGGGGGCAACCACCGCGGCCGUGGGGGCAGAGGGCAGGGGCAGUGGGGAGGAGGUCAGGGGCAGAGGGGGGGCAGAGGAGGCUUCCAGAUCAGAGGCAACUUCAGGGGAGGUGAGCAAUGACCUCGUGGUGGAUUCAGUCGUCCCCCCAGAGGUUUCCUCCCUCCUCCGCCCUUCCGAGGGGGCUUCUCCAACCGGGGCAACUUCAACAGGGGGAGCGGGGGCAUGCCCAGCAGGGGGGGUGCACCCAGGGGGGGUCCUGGAAGGGGCAACAUGGGGAACAUGGGGGGUAAUAGGGGAGGCAAUAUGCACCGAGGCAGCAUGACCCGCGGAGGAGGUGGAGGUGGAAGAGGACGUGGGGACAACAGGGGCAAUUUCACACAGAAGUUCAGAGGCAGAGGAGGCAACAAUCGCAGCUUCAACAAGAACAGCAACUUUGGCAUGAACAAGGCCCAGGCCUUCAACCAGAGCUGGCAGCAGGGGUUCUGGAACCAGAAGCCAUGGAGCCAACAGUACCACCCAGGAUACUACUGAGCAUGUGCGGUAGAGAGACUGACUGACAGCACACAGACACACCCCCUCACUACAAACCCCGUCCACCCCGGCGCAUAGGCGUCAACUCCCGUUACGCUCCAUUUUACCUUCUCCCCCUCCUCCUUUUUCCUCUCCUCUUCCUUCGUUUUAGGAAGAAAGAGCAUUCCACUGCUGAGAUGGACUGCCGGUUCUGAGACAAA